AUGGGCCUUGCCCACUCCACUCCUCUCACUGAGCGCGCAGACAUCACUGAUGCCGAUAUCCUGAACUACGCCCUGACCCUAGAGCAUCUCGAAGCUGCCUUCUAUCAAGAAGGUCUCAAGAACUACACCCAUGCCGAAUUCCAGAAAUCUGGUAUGCAGGAUCCUUUCUAUGCCAACCUGAAGGAGACCGCCAGCGACGAGGAGCAGCAUGUCCAGUUCCUGACCAAGGCUCUGAAGGCCGCCGGCGCAAAACCCGUCGAAGCCUGCACCUAUUCCUUCCCUGCCACAAACGUCAAAACAUUCCUUGCGCUCGGUAAUAUCUUAGAGGGUGUCGGAGUCAGCGCCUAUCUUGGAGCCGCUGCUAGCAUUAUGGACAAGACGUAUCUCACUGCCGCUGGCAGUAUCCUGACCACCGAGGCCCGUCACAGUGCCUAUCUGCGUGCUGCUCUUGGUGAGGCUCCCGCUGCUCAGGCCUUCGACAACCCGCUCGACUUUAAUGAGGUUUAUACCCUUGCUUCUAUGUUUAUUGCAUCUUGCCCUGAGAGCAAUGGCAAGCUUCCCGUCAAGGCCUUCCCCUCAUUGACCAUGCCUUCUAUGGCCCCUGCCACAACUGGCUCUAAGGUUGAGCUGAUGGCCGCUAGUGGCAUAUCUACGAACACUAAGGAUGUUUACGCCGCUUUUAUCACCGUCACUGGCCCUGUCUGGGCUUCUCUUGAGUCAACUGGCGAUGGAAAGUUCGAAGUCACCAUCCCAGAGGGUGUUGCUGGUCAGAGCUAUGUGGUUCUGACCAAGGGUAACAAGCAAGCUUCGGAUGAUAACAUUCUCGCUGGCCCUGCUAUUGUUGGGGAGCCUAAUGGACCUAUGGGAGUGGGUUCGCAGUGCAGUGGCCGCGGUUCUUCCUCUAUGUCGUCCAUGUCAGCCUGGUCGUCUAUGGCCAUGCCGAUGCCCACAGCGUCUAUGAGCAUGGCCUCGGGGUCUAUGCCCUCUAUGUCCGCAUCCGCCUCUGCCUCCUCUACUCCCGUCUUUAAUGGGGCAAGUGGGAAAAACAUUAGCGGCUUUGCUGGGAUUUUCGGGUUCCUGGCUGCUGUUGCUGCCUUUUUGCAGUAA